AUGGUACAGACCUGGCUCGCACUGCUAAGCACAUCAUACGAUCCUGUAAAGCUUCACAAGAUCUGCAGAAAACAAGGUGUUUAUCAGCGUCCCAUCUCGCAGCCAGAGUACCAAGAAACCAGCUGCACACAAGCCAGUGCCCGUCAUACAACCAGCAGCACUCAAGCCAGUGCCCGUCAUACAACCAGCAGCACACAAACCAGUGCCCUUCAUACAACCAGCAGCACACAAACCAGUGCCCGUCAUACAACCAGCAGCACACAAACCAGUGCCCGUCAUACAACCAGCAGCACACAAACCAGUGCCCUUCAUACAACCAGCAGCACACAAACCAGUGCCCGUCAUACAACCAGCAGCACACAAACCAGUGCCCGUCAUACAACCAGCAGCACACAAACCAGUGCCCGUCAUACAACCAGCAGCACACAAACCAGUGCCCUUCAUACAACCAGCAGCACACAAACCAGUGCCCGUCAUACAACCAGCAGCACACAAACCAGUGCCCGUCAUACAACCAGCAGCACUCAAGCCAGUGCCCGUCAUACAACCAGCAGCACACAAACCAGUGCCCUUCAUACAACCAGCAGCACACAAACCAGUGCCCGUCAUACAACCAGCAGCACACAAACCAGUGCCCGUCAUACAACCAGCAGCACACAAACCAGUGCCCUUCAUACAACCAGCAGCACACAAACCAGUGCCCGUCAUACAACCAGCAGCACUCAAGCCAGUGCCCGUCAUACAACCAGCAGCACACAAACCAGUGCCCGUCAUACAACCAGCAGCACACAAACCAGUGCCCGUCAUACAACCAGCAGCACUCAAGCCAGUGCCCGUCAUACAACCAGCAGCACACAAACCAGUGCCCGUCAUACAACCAGCAGCACACAAACCAGUGCCCGUCAUACAACCAGCAGCACACAAACCAGUGCCCGUCAUACAACCAGCAGCACACAAACCAGUGCCCGUCAUACAACCAGCAGCACACAAACCAGUGCCCGUCAUACAACCAGCAGCACACAAACCAGUGCCCUUCAUACAACCAGCAGCACACAAACCAGUGCCCGUCAUACAACCAGCAGCACACAAACCAGUGCCCGUCAUACAACCAGCAGCACUCAAGCCAGUGCCCGUCAUACAACCAGCAGCACACAAACCAGUGCCCGUCAUACAACCAGCAGCACACAAACCAGUGCCCUUCAUACAACCAGCAGCACACAAACCAGUGCCCGUCAUACAACCAGCAGCACUCAAGCCAGUGCCCGUCAUACAACCAGCAGCACACAAACCAGUGCCCGUCAUACAACCAGCAGCACACAAACCAGUGCCCGUCAUACAACCAGCAGCACACAAACCAGUGCCCGUCAUACAACCAGCAGCACUCAAGCCAGUGCCCGUCAUACAACCAGCAGCACACAAACCAGUGCCCGUCAUACAACCAGCAGCACACAAACCAGUGCCCGUCAUACAACCAGCAGCACACAAACCAGUGCCCGUCAUACAACCAGCAGCACUCAAGCCAGUGCCCGUCAUACAACCAGCAGCACACAAACCAGUGCCCGUCAUACAACCAGCAGCACACAAACCAGUGCCCGUCAUACAACCAGCAGCACACAAACCAGUGCCCGUCAUACAACCAGCAGCACACAAACCAGUGCCCGUCAUACAACCAGCAGCACACAAACCAGUGCCCGUCAUACAACCAGCAGCACUCAAACCAGUGCCCGUCAUACAACCAGCAGCACACAAGCCAGUGCCCGUCAUACAACCAGCAGCACUCAAGCCAGUGCCCGUCAUACAACCAGCAGCACACAAACCAGUGCCCGUCAUACAACCAGCAGCACACAAACCAGUGCCCGUCAUACAACCAGCAGCACACAAGCCAGUGCCCGUCAUACAACCAGCAGCACUCAAGCCAGUGCCCGGUCACACAAGCUUGUGCCCAAUCUCACUCUGCAAUUAGCUACACAAGCCUAUAUACGUCCCACUCGUGCCCAGUCACAAAUGCUUGUGCCCAUCUCACUCUACAAUUAG